ACUCCAGUUCCUCUCCCGUGUCUGUCAACCUACUUGGCGGUACCAAUCUCAAAAAUUAAAUAAAAAAAAAAAGAAAAGAAAAGAAAAAAAGAAGAAAAAGAAAGAGUGAGUAAUUGAACAAGGCAUUUCUAGAGAACGAACAUACAUGGACGAUGAAUGAAUGAAGCUAUUUCCAGUCUCUCUCUCUCUCUCUCUCUCUCUCUCUCUCUAAAAACCGAAUAACAACUGAUAUAGAAACCCUAUACCAAUCAAAUCUCUCUCUGAUCUCUGAUUUGAAUCAAAUGCGCUUCGGGAGCGAUCAUCGAUGAAACAAUCUCAUCAUCAUCAUCGGUGGCAGAGGACUUUGAUCCUCUGUCUCCUCUCUCUCUCCGUCGUCGCUCCCGUCCUUUUCCUCUCUCGCCGCCUUCAACUUCUCACUCACGAUGGCCGUUCAGAUUUUCUUGAUGAUUUAUCUACUGUUAAACACAGAACAGAUCUUUUAAAGUCAAAUGCUAUAGAACAGGAAAACUCAGAAGAAUUAGAAGAGCCAAAGCAAGUUGUUUAUAAAGAAGAUGAUGUUGAUUCAACGCUUGGUGACGAUUCAGAAAACAAUAAUGAUUCUGAAGAGUCUAGAAUUGAAGGGUCUAGAAAUAAUUUUUUGGAAAAAAAUGUUUCAGAACUAGACGAUGAUGAAACACAAGACCAGGAAGCACAGCAGAAAGGAGUGGCCUCCACGGAUGAAACACAAGACCAGGAAGCUCAGCAGAAAGGAUUGUCCUCCACAGAUGGAGAUCAGAAUAUACAAACUCACUCUCAAAGAAAGACAGAUCAGAAUAUUAAAAUGAAGGCAAAGCAAUCUGGUUUGACAGUAAACCAACAUCGUCAGGUUUCACGUCAUCAGUCUCGCCGAGUGACAAAUCAGACUGUUAUGGAGAUUAAGGAUCAAAUUAUCAGAGCCAGAGCAUAUUUGGGCUUUCUUCCACCAAGCAGCAAUUCACACUUGGUGAAGGAGUUGAGGUUGGGAAUUAGAGAGAUGGAACGUGCAGUCGGUGAAGCUACCAAGGGUUCAGAUCUUUCAAGGAGUGCUUUGCAGAAAAUGAGACACAUGGGGGCUUCACUGUCUAAAGCCAGCCGUGCUUUCCCAGACUGUGCUGCUAUGGCUUCUAAGCUCCGUGCGAUGAAUCAUAAUGCCGAAGAACAAGUUCGUUCUCAGCAACAUGAAGUAACACAUCUUGUUCAUCUUGCUGCAAGGACCACCCCUAAAGGUCUUCACUGCCUUUCUAUGCAACUCACUGCUGAUUACUUUGCCCUGAGACCUGAGGAUAGAAGGCUGCCAAAUGAAAAUAAGAUUCAUGAUCCGAAACUUUAUCAUUAUGCCGUCUUCUCUGACAAUAUUCUAGCCUGUGGAGUGGUUGUUAAUUCCACCAUGUCUAAUUCCAAGGAACAGGAAAAACUUGUUUUCCAUAUAGUGACCAAUUCACUCAACUUUCCCGCAAUAUCAAUGUGGUUCAUAUUAAACCCUCCUGGGAAAGCCGCCAUCCACAUACAGAACAUUGACAAUUUUGAGUGGUUGUCCAAGUACAAUACAUUCAAGAAACAAAGUUCUAAUGAUCCAAGAUAUACUUCUGAAUUGAACUACCUCCGUUUCUACCUGCCAGAUAUCUUCCCCACUCUAAAUAAGAUUUUACUCUUUGAUCAUGAUGUGGUGGUGCAACAAGAUCUCAGCACACUAUGGAAUAUUAACAUGAAUGGAAAAGUAAUUGCAGGAGUUGGGACUUGUCAGGAAGGUGAAACUUCAUUUCGUAGGAUGGAUAUGCUCAUAAACUUCUCAGAUCCAUACAUUGUAGAAAGGUUUGAUGUCAAUGCUUGCACAUGGGCAUUUGGGAUGAACUUGUUUGAUUUGCAGCAGUGGAGGAGACAUAAUUUAACCGGUGUCUAUCACAAAUAUUUGCAAAGGGGUUCCAAAAAGCCAUUGUUUAAUGCCGGAAGUCUGCCAUUAGGCUGGCUCACCUUCUAUAACAAGAUUAUGGUUUUGGACAGACGGUGGCACAUUCUUGGCCUCGGUUAUGACUCAGGCAUUGACAAAAAUAAGAUUGAGCAGGCUGCUGUUGUACACUACGAUGGAAUUAGGAAGCCAUGGAUGGAUAUUGGGUUGGGAAGAUAUAAGAGUUAUUGGUCCAAUUUUAUGAAGUAUGACCACCCUAUUUUGCGACGUUGCAAUAUCCAGGCAUAGCCCAACACCCAAAAUUACUCUACCUUGCAGGUGUUGUUUGACUAGUUUGAUGGCACAUUGAUUGCCUGCUUUAGUCGAUUUUUUGUUGUUCUUGCCAAUUCUUCUUGUAAAGCCCUCUCAGAAUUUUCUACAUAUAUUCUUUUAGAAAAUUAGUUAAUUUGUAGUACCAUAAAGAUCAAUUCAAAUAAGACUUACAAUAGACACUGUAGCUGUUUGGAAAUGCCAUUCGUUGUUGUGUAAAUAAUGCAUUCCCGUACCUUAUUACAGGUCAUGCCACCACAGUUUGCCAUUAGUUUACACUGAUUUUGCGCAGACUUGAA